AUGGCUUCCUUUAAUAUUGUUUAUCUUCUUUCUUUCUUUCUUUCUUUCUUUCUUUCUUUCUUUCUUUCUUUCUUUCUUUCUUUCUUUCGUUCGGUCGUUCCUUCAUGCGUUCCUUUCUUUCCUUCUUUUUUAUUUAUUUGUUUUCUGUAUUUCUUUUUUCUUUCUUUCUUUCUUUCUUUCUUUCUUUCUUUCGUUCUUUCUUUUCUUUCUUUCUUUCUUUUCUUUCUUUCUUUCUUUUCUUUCUUUCUUGCUUUUCUUUCAUCCUUUUCUUAUUUCUUUCUUCUUCUCGUGGAUUAUAUUUCAUUUAACUUUCUUUUCUAUUUAUUUUUCCGUUUUCUUUCUUUCUUUCAUUUUUUAUCAGGUGUUAUCUCUCUCUCUCUCUCACUCUUUCAUUCACUCAUUCUCUCUUUCCUUAGUUUAUAUUUAGUUUUCGUGUUUUUUUCUCUUUCGGCCUAUUUUACAGCAUUCUUUCUUACUAUUUUUCUCCCUUUCUAUCUUGUAUUCUUUUUAGUUAACAUUUCUUUCUCAUUUAAUUUUCCGUUUUCUUUCUUUCUUUCUUUCUUUCUUUCUUUCUUUCUUUCUGCCGCAUCUUCUUUUUCUGUUUUCUUUCUUCGAUUGCCCUUAGGCAUUUUAUCUUUCUUCCUUUCUUUCUUUCUUUCUUUCUUUCUUUCUUUCUUUCUUUCUUUCUCAGAUUACUAUUUAGUUCUAUUAUUUUUUAGUUUUCUUUCAUUAUUUUCUUCUUUCUUUCUUUCUGGAAUUAUUUUGAAGUUUAUCUUCUUUCUUUUUCGGUUUUUCUCUUUGUAA